AUGACGAAAGCAGCAUUCAAAUACAUCGACCGAGCUUCAUACGACCCCAACGCCACAGAGCCAUUCAAAAAGCCCUGGGGCAAAGUCGACGGACCAGGCCGGUCCUACCAACUCACCGAACUGGAACGCGAAGUCGAGGACCUGCGAGGCCAAGAGUCUCAUUACACAACAGACAAUUCCGGCUUCGCCUUAUAUAACUCACCCGCGAAGGAGACGGCAUUCACCGACGAUGCCGAAGUGCGUGCGGGGUACUACGCGGAAGUAGAAGAGCUACUCCGCAAGAAGCUACCGGGGGUGAAAAAAGUGGCCAUCUUCGACCACACCAUCCGGCGACGGACACCAGGCUCAGCGCGCAGUCCUGUGCAGUUGGUGCACGUGGACCAAACGCCCCGAGCGGCCGAGGCGAGAGUGCGUCGCCACCUGCCCGAGGAUGAAGUAGAGGAGCUGUUGAAGGGUCGAUACCAGAUUAUCAAUGUCUGGCGUCCGAUUGAGAAUCCGGCUUCUGAUUUCCCGUUGGCACUGAUUGAUUGGAGGAGUAUUGCUCCUUCGGAUUUUGUUAAGGUUGAUCUUCUUUAUCCGAAGGAGUGGCAGGAGAAUGGAGAGGUGGCGCCUGAUUCGGAGUCGAUGUUCUCUACUGAGGGAUAUGAGGUCAAGGGGGGAGACGUAUGCUAUCGCUCCUAA